AUGGAGUCGUUUAAUGAUCUGCAGGAAGACAUAAGGACUAAAAUGCUAAAAGUUAAGACUAAUUUUAAAAAGUCUCCUAAGGAUCGUUUGACGGUUGCUUAUAUUGAAACAAGGCUAGAUAACUUAGAACAACAGUGGACUUUGUUUACAGACACUCAUGCUAAAAUUAUAAGCCAGGUUAAGCGAACUGAUUUGUAUAGUUCAGAUUAUCACAAAAAUAGUGUGUAUGAUGAUGUAGAAGAAUUAUAUGUUCAAUUCAAAACUGAGUUAAAAGAAAUGUUGUAUAAAUUAAAAGCGCCUGAGUUAGAGGUAAAGUUAAGUUCAAAUAGUCAAGGUGAGAGUUCAGCAAGACGUUUCAAGUUGCCGGAAAUUAAAAUACCUACCUUUUCCGGUAAAUACACAGAGUGGCAGACAUUCAGGGAUUUGUUUUUAGGGCUUGUGCAUGAAAACAAGUCACUGGAUGAUGCCCAAAGAUUUUAUUAUUUAAGGGGACAUUUAACCGGGGAAGCCGAACAACUGUUACGCAAUAUUAAGGUGACGUCGGAUAGUUAUCAAGUUGCCUGGGAGAAAUUAGAUAGCAUGUAUAAUAAUAAAAGGUUUUUGGCGAACGGCAUCUUGAAGCGUCUACUAAGUCAAAAAAGUUUGAUGUCUGAAUCAGCAUCGGAAAUUAAAAACUUAAUUUGUACAACUUCAGAUUGUUUAGACUCAAUAAAAAAUAUUGGUGUGGAUGUUUCAUCUUGGGAUAUCCUGAUUAUCCACAUUAUAAGCGCUAAAUUAGAUAAGGACACGCGAAAAGCAUGGGAGUUAAAGGUAUCUUCAGAUCCGAGUGACGAAUUACCCACGUUUCAAGAUUUUUCCAAUUUUUUAAUAGGGCGUUUUAGAGGUCUAGAAAAUAUCGAUUUUAAGGUACAUCACAGUGAGAAAAAAUUUACUAAAUCUUUUCACGUGGUUAAAAAUAAACCGAUUGUAUCGUGUGCGUAUUGCAAUGCGGAUCAUAAGAUAACUACGUGCAAAAGAUUUGGGAAAGAAAGUAAUGAGAAACGCCGUGAGUUCGUGUUAGAUAAAAACUUAUGUUUUAUUUGUUUAAAUAGCAACCAUUCCGCUAAACUAUGUAAAAAUAUUGUCCGAUGCCAGGUGUGUAAACGUCGACAUCAUUCUCUAUUACAUCCCAGUGGUGAUUCUGGUUCUGGUAGUGCUGAAGUUGGGGCGAUUCAUCAAUCAACCUCGUCGACCAGUCGAAGGUCAACGGAUGAGGAUACUGCCGCAAGCAGUGAUAAGUUAUCUGUUCCAGCAGAAUGUUUAGAUAAAACACUUGUGUCUUGUUUUUCGACAGGAAGCUGUUCUAAAACGGUUUUAUUGACUACAGCUGUGGUGCAAGCUGAGUCGAAGGACGGGACUCAUUUCCCAGUUAGGGCUUUAUUGGAUCAGGGGUCGCAAAGUUCUUUUAUUACCGAGGCUAUGGUGCAGCGCUUAGGUUUAAAAAGGCUUGCGGUCAAAAACACCAUAGUUGGUGUAGGGGGAGACAAAAGUGUGACUUCCAAGUCCACAGUCAAAAUCAAUUUAAGGUCGAGAGUUGAUCCUAGGUUUCAAGUGAAGGUUAAUGCGUAUGUCUUGAAGUCGGUUACGUCUCUUCUCCCAGUUGCGAAGGCAACUAGGGUAGAAUGGGAAAACCUGACUCUGGAUGAUCUGGCUGAUCCCGAGUAUCACACGCCUAAUAAGAUUGAUAUCUUAUUAGGUGCGGAGAUAUUCAGUCAGAUUAUUCAAGAAGGCAUUAAAAGAAACUUCAACGGAUCUCUCUUGGCGCAGGAUACUGCUUUUGGUUGGAUAAUAUCUGGCGUCUGUGAGGUAGACAGCACGUCAAAUAUCCAUUCUCACAUAACUGUGAUGCAUUCGUAUCUGGAACUGGACAAUAUGCUGAAGAGGUUUUGGGAACUUGAAGCCGAACCACCUGUAACAAAAAGAAUGCUCACAGAUGAGGAAAUUAAAUGUGAGAAAUUAUUUAAGGAUACUACGAAACGGGAUGGAGAUGGUCGGUUCAUCGUAAAACUGCCGUUUCGUACGGCUAACCCGGACUGCAUGCGUGGUGAGUUCAGGAAAAUAGCUGAAAAAAGAUUGAGAAAUUUAGAAUUUAAAUUGCUAAAGAACAUUAGGUUAAAAGAGGAUUACAUACAAGUUAUAAGGGAGUAUUUAAACUUAAAUCAUAUGGUAAAAGUUACAGAUAAAGAUAAAUUUAAGGAAACAGCUAUUUACUUACCACACCACGCAGUAGUCCGAGAAGAUAAGGAUACUACUAAAGUCCGAGUAGUGUUUGAUGCCUCCUGUAAGGGAAGCAAUGGGAAGUCAUUAAAUGAUGAUUUAUUGAUCGGCCCGCCACUGCAAGCCGAACUACGUCAUAUAAUCAUGCGCUGGAGACAAUAUAAGAUAUGUUUGGUGGCGGAUGUGGUAAAAAUGUACCGACAAGUGCUGGUAAAUCGGGAAGAUACUCCAUUUCAGAGGAUUCUUUGGAGAGAUAGUCCUGAAAAGGAGCUUCAAGAGUUUGAAUUACUUACCGUGACCUUUGGCACCGCAUGUGCUCCAUAUUUAGCUGUGCGGUCACUGCAAGAGUUAGCCUAUAAGGAGUGUCAGAAUAAGCCAGAAAUCGCUAAAAUUAUUUUGAAUGAUUUUUACAUGGAUGAUGUGAUGACCGGAAGUGAAACCCUAGAAGAUGCUUAUAAAAUAUAUAAAGAAUUAACCGAAGUGUUAGCGAAAGGAGGGUUUCCGUUGCAAAAAUGGAAAAGCAAUUCUAAGGAAAUAUUAGCUAAAAUAUGGAAAGCAAAGGGUAAUAAGGAUGAGGAAUUAAGGAUUAGGGUAGAUGAUACAACUAAAAUUUUAGGACUUACCUGGGAUCAGCGUGGUGACUUCUUCCGAUACUCUGUAGAUCUUGCACCACAAGAGGAACCUGUAACAAAAAGGAAAAUCAUAUCUGAUAUAUCCCGAUUAUUUGAUCCACUCGGAUGGUUAGCUCCUUGUAUUAUAGCAGCAAAAAUACUCAUACAAAAGCUUUGGUUAGCUGGUAUUGGGUGGGAUGAGCAAGUUCCUACUAAUUUAAUAAUUGAAUGGAAUACUUACCGUAAAAAUUUAACUGCCUUACAGAAUAUUAAAAUUCCACGAUGGAUACACACAUGUAAUAAAUAUAAGCGCGAGUUGUACGGGUUUGCUGACGCUUCGAAAGUGGCUUAUGCGGCUGUCGUGUAUCUGCGAGUUGUAGAUGAAGUGGGAAAUGUGUAUGUCUCGUUGGUUACAUCGAAAACAAAAGUAGCUCCCAUAAAGCAGGUGUCUAUCCCUAGACUUGAGCUUUGUGGGGCCGUACUCUUGGCUAAAUUGAUGAUUGAGGUAGCUGGAGUCAUGAAAGUUGAAAAGAAUCAGUUACAUGCAUUCACUGACAGUGAAGUGGUUUUAGCCUGGCUUAACAAUCACCCAAGUCGAUGGAAGACCUUCGUGGCUAACCGAGUUUCUGAAAUCCUACAGAUUUUGGAUACACAUCAUUGGUCCCAUGUGACCACUAAGAAGAAUCCGGCCGAUUGUGCAUCACGGGGUAUUUCCCCGGCGGAACUAUCAGAAAUGGCUAUAUGGUUUGAAGGGCCAGAGUUUCUAAAAAAUAAGGUAAUUAGGUGUACAAAACCAAAACACCUGGUUACAAAUCUUGAACAAGUUAAAGUUCACACAGCGGUCGUUGACACAACUUUGUGGCAAAGGUUUUCUUCAUUCUCGAAGCUUGUUCGUGUGGUCGCCUAUUGUCGUCGUUGGUUAAGGUUAAGAAAAGGUUCAAGUAGCAUGCCAAGUUUAGGAGCAUUGGAGCGACAGGAAAUUGAGGAUGCGAUAAAGGUCUAUUCAGAAGGUAUAAUUAGAGUCGGCGGCCGGCUAGAAAUGUCUUCGCUGUCAUUUAACGAGAAAUAUCCGAUUCUCAUACCUAAAGAAUCUUUUUUGAGUGGACUCUUAAUUGCUGAUGCUCAUCAAAAAACUCUGCACGGAGGGCCACAACUCAUGAUUACCUAUUUGAGAUCGAAGUAUUGGAUUGUGGGUGCAAAGUCUCUAAUUAAAAAAUACUAUCGUAGCUGUGUAACUUGUACGCGUUACUCAAACCGGUCCACAUCUCAGCUCAUGGGGCAGUUACCUUCCGCGCGUGUUAAUCCGAAUAAGCCCUUUCUUAUAAGCGGAGUCGAUUACGCGGGGCCUAUUAAUAUAAGAAUUUCAAAAGGUAGGGGUAACAAGUCGUACAAAGGAUAUAUUGCUCUGUUUAUUUGCAUGUCGACCAGAGCCGUCCAUCUUGAAGCUGUUAGCGAGCUGUCCACUCAAGGGUUUAUAGCCGCUUUUAAAAGGUUUGUCGCAAGACGAGGUAGGUGUGCAGAGCUAUAUAGCGAUAACGGCACAAAUUUUGUAGGCGCUGCUCGACAGUUACUGUGUCUGUUCAACGAAGAGAAAACUAAUUUUAAACCUGAACUGGCAGAGUACCUCGCGACCAAUGGAACCCAGUGGAAUUUUAUUCCUCCUCGCGCUCCAAAUUUCGGUGGACUAUGGGAGGCAGGAAUAAAGUCCACAAAGUUCCACCUCAAACGAGUAGUUGGAAACUCUACGUUGACGUAUGAGGAGAUGGCCACAGUGUUAUCUCAAAUAGAGGCAUGUCUGAAUUCGAGGCCAUUGUCUCGUGUAGAGGAUCAAACCGAGGUCGUAGUAUUGACCCCUGGUCAUUUCCUAGUGGGGGAACCACUCAUAGUUGUUCCUGAUGCAAAUUAUGAGUCGUCGAAUAUGUAUACUUUGCGAAGAUGGCAAUUCCACCAGCGAAUGAUGCAGGACUUUUGGCGUCGAUGGUCCCAGGAUUACCUUCAUCAGUUCCUUCAAAGGCAUAAAUGGGAAUAUCAGAACCCAGAACCAUCACUGGGUGAUGUAGUUUUAGUCAAGGAGGACGAUCUACCCCCAGCGCGAUGGUUGCUAGAUGGCGCACACUUCUGCCGAUCCCCCGUCGACCUCGACGAGGUCUCCAUCGACAUCAAGGAGUGGCAUCGAUUAAGUGCGGGAUCGAUUUCCGAGUGGGACACUUAUGUGAACUUCGACUACCAUUAG